CAGUCUGCAUCAUCUUCCUCUCUGGCCCGGCUCCGGAUGAAGCAGGGGCUGGGCUGGGUCCAGCAGCUUGGGGCAGCGCGCGCCAGAGCCAUGGUGCAGCUGAGCCCUGCGCUCCGGUGAGGCGGUGGCGCGGCUCCAGCCCGGCGGGCGCCUUUCUUAGGAGCCUUCCCCCGCUACCGCGAUGUUUAGCUGGCUCGGUAACGACGAUCGCCGGAGGAAGGACCCGGAGGUCUUCCAGACGGUGAGCGAGGGGCUCAAGAAACUCUACAAGAGCAAGCUGCUGCCCCUGGAAGAACAUUAUCGUUUCCACGAGUUCCACUCACCCGCCCUGGAAGAUGCUGAUUUCGACAACAAGCCCAUGGUCCUGUUGGUGGGCCAGUACUCCACUGGGAAGACCACCUUCAUCAGGUACCUACUGGAACAGGAUUUCCCAGGCAUGAGGAUUGGGCCUGAGCCAACCACCGACUCCUUCAUUGCAGUGAUGCAAGGGGAUGUAGAAGGAAUCAUCCCCGGGAAUGCCCUGGUGGUAGACCCCAAGAAACCCUUCAGGAAGCUCAAUGCCUUUGGCAACGCCUUCUUGAACAGGUUUGUGUGUGCCCAGCUGCCCAAUGCCGUGCUAGAAAGCAUCAGUGUCAUUGACACACCCGGGAUCCUCUCUGGUGAGAAGCAGAGGAUCAGUCGAGGGUAUGACUUUGCUGCUGUCCUCGAGUGGUUUGCUGAGCGGGUAGACCGUAUCAUUCUGCUUUUUGAUGCCCAUAAGCUGGACAUAUCUGAUGAGUUCUCAGAGGUCAUUAAGGCCCUCAAGAACCAUGAGGACAAGAUGCGAGUAGUGCUGAACAAGGCUGACCAGAUAGAGACCCAGCAGCUGAUGCGGGUGUAUGGGGCUCUCAUGUGGUCCCUGGGGAAGAUUGUGAACACACCAGAGGUGAUCCGGGUCUACAUCGGCUCCUUCUGGUCCCACCCGCUCCUCAUCCCUGACAAUAGGAAGCUCUUUGAAGCUGAGGAACAGGAUCUGUUCAGGGACAUUCAGAGUCUGCCCCGUAAUGCUGCCCUGCGCAAGCUCAAUGACCUCAUCAAGAGAGCCCGGCUGGCCAAGGUCCAUGCCUAUAUCAUCAGUUCCCUGAAGAAGGAGAUGCCCUCAGUAUUCGGGAAGGACAACAAGAAGAAAGAGCUGGUGAACAACCUGGGGGAGAUUUAUGGCAGGAUUGAGCGAGAGCACCAGAUCUCUCCUGGGGACUUUCCCAACCUGAAGAGGAUGCAGGACCAGUUGCAGGCCCAGGACUUUAGCAAAUUCCAGCCGCUGAAGAGCAAGCUGCUAGACGUGGUAGACGACAUGCUGGCACAUGACAUUGCCCAGCUCAUGGUGCUGGUGCGCCAGGAGGAGACCCAGCGGCCUGUCCAGAUGGUGAAGGGUGGCGCAUUUGAGGGCACCCUGCACGGCCCCUUUGGGCAUGGCUAUGGAGAGGGAGCUGGGGAGGGCAUCGAUGAUGCUGAGUGGGUGGUGGCCCGGGACAAGCCCAUGUAUGAUGAGAUCUUCUACACCCUGUCCCCGGUGGAUGGCAAGAUCACAGGUGCCAAUGCCAAGAAGGAGAUGGUGCGCUCCAAGCUGCCCAACAGUGUGCUGGGCAAGAUCUGGAAGCUGGCCGACAUUGACAAGGAUGGCAUGCUAGAUGAUGAGGAGUUCGCCCUGGCCAACCACCUCAUCAAGGUCAAGCUAGAGGGGCACGAACUGCCCAAUGAGCUACCUGCACACCUCUUGCCUCCAUCUAAGAGGAAAGUUGCUGACUGAUAGGGACCAGGCAGCUUCAGACAGACAGAGGAGAGGAUGAGCGUGAUGAUAACACACACACACACACACACACACACACACAAGCUCACCUUGACAGUCUCACUAUAGGGCUCAUCCUUGUUUGGACACCUCUCCAAGUUCCCAAGGGGAGCUUUACCCCUAGGUUCCAGGGUGAAAAUCUAUGUCUCCAAACCUCUUCCCCUCCAUCUCCCACUCCCUAGAGACCUGAGGCAAUUCACAGGCCCACAGAUGGCCUGCCCACCCAAUCCCCUAGUGCCUCCACACCCGGGCUCUGAACAGAUGGGAAGGGCUUUUCAUAGAAUAGGCAAUUUGGUUUAUUUUCUGUGCUUUUAUUUUUCAUCUUUGGCUUCCUAAUAAGAAUUCUACUCAGGGGUUGGUAGAUAUGAGGGAAGGGAGCAGCUAAGGAAGGAGAAUCAAAUUGAGACGCCUCCUUAGGGCACUCCAUCCCAGACUUGAAGAGACAUUGGCCUGUGUUCUUUUUUUUCCCCAAACCUAAGGCUCUGUCUUCCUCAGAAAACUUGGGCUUUGAACGAACUCUGCUUGCUCUUCAUAUCAAAGAAUCCUAAAUGGGGAGAAAAAAGGAAAACCUUGCUAAGAAAGAAUGAGGAAGCCACCCUGUGGUCUUCUCCUUGAACAGGGCAAUUCUAGUCUAUGGGUUUGUCGGGUCAUGUUCUUUACCCCUGGCCUAGGAUGUCCAGAUACUCAAUACUUGCUUCACGCUACCAAGCCCCUCCUGUGUGCCAGAAACAGUGUUAGGCACUUUAUGUACAUUGGUCCCCAUGGCUUUCACUAAUGCCCUAGACAAGUAUGCAUCAUCCCCAUCCCCACAUUUAUCAGGUAAGGAGCCUGAGACUCAGAGGAAUUAGGGGGACCUUCCCAAACUCCCAGAGGACAUACACAGAGAGAAGAAUCAAAGUCAGGGCCCGAGACACCUAUGCUGUGAUGGAUCAAAGGUCCCAGUGUUACUACCUGGUGACAAAGCACAGAGAAGAAUCUGAGCACACUGGGCCCCCAGCCUCCCACAGCAUCCUGGCAAGGGAAGAAGGCUUGCUAGCAUUUGGUGGGCCAUCCAUCUAGCCAUCUGUCACCUCAUAGAAGUAAACCGUGCCUUUUGGCUCUGUGUCCCAUGUUCCCAACAUCACUAAAAUCCAACCAAGCCAUAGGGAGAGUGGGCUGGCCUGCUAGAUGCUGUUCAUGCCUGUUCCUUCUCAGCCUCCCAUCCAUCAUCUUGAAACAUCCCAGCUCAAAUGCAGCCACUAGCUGUUAUCAGGCAAGACUUUAUGUUAAGUCUCAGAACUUGAGAGGCCUUGGGGCCUUGUUCUCUGUAGUGUCCUUGGCAAAAUCCCCAUUAUACUCAGUACCUUGCAUCUCCCUUCACAAUCUCCCCUGGCUUGCCCCACAGACAUUGAUCCAGUGACUUUGUCUGCUCUAUGCCUACUGUGAUGGAAAACAAAACAUAUAUAACUUAUUUUGUAUCUAUGUUCAGACUAUGUAGAGACUGUUCUGUGUAUCUUUAAUGUGCUUAUAACUGCAGUGCAUUUGUCAUUAGUAUUCAUGUCAAUAUAACACAUUUAUCCUUUGGUA